AGUUUGAUGGUGCAGAAGGGGCUUCACCUGGACUAAAAGGUCACCAAUGAAGAUGCUGCAAGCUGCUGCAAUGAAGCGUAUUUUUCUUCUCAUUAUACUUCUACAAAUGGGUCCUGUAGUACGAAGUGCGUCUAUGUACACCUGUCCAAACUGCAUGAUGGGACAACAGGCCUCAUGGCAAAUCAACCAAGUUCCUGUUCCUGGAAAUGAGAUCUUUAUGGACGAGUCUCUGAAAUCCAUUGAUGAUCAGUUUAUGGGCUGCAAGGAAAACAUGUAUCGACUGGUUAUGUCUAAAUUGCUGAAGCCUGAGCUGGACAACAAUGAAAAGUUCAGGAAAGCGUGGCAAGAAACCAAAGCGCACUUCGGUUUAAAUGGGGUCCCGGAGUCUAAAUUGAAGAAGGAUCAAUUGAGAAGAAUAGCCCUUCACGUUUACACUAGAGACGAAGUCUACGGUCAGCUUAACGGCAAAAUGCGGAGCGGCAGAGACGACUACAAGACUGAGAAGUUUGGCCUGAUCUCUUUACACUUUCUCAUAACGGACGCCAUACAGGUGCUUAAACCUGUCAAUUGCCAAACCGCUUACCGAUUCAGCCAAGAUAACUUUGCAAUACCAGGCACGUUUAUGCGAUUUGGUAGUUUUGCUUCUUCUACUCGUAAAUCCACUCUGAGCUCCUUUGGAAAAAAGACUUGUUUCAUCAUCACUACAUGCUUCGGUGCACAUAUAUCCCAAGUAUCAAAGUAUGCAAGCGAGGACGAAGUGCUAAUACCCCCUUAUGAAAGGUUUAAAAAAAUUCCGCCUCCUUUUAAUAUUCCGCAGAGUCUUGCUGAUUGUGGACGUAUUCACACACUCACCAGCGCAGGCGUGAAGAGCAAAAUGAACUGUGAGUUGUUUAAACAGUAAAAUCCUGAGCUGCUUUAGUUGAUUAGCUGAUGGUUUCUAUCAUGAAGCAAUGCAGACCACCGCACUAAAUGAACUGGAGAAUUCAUGUUCUGACCCUUAUUUGGUGGUCAUGUGUACUUCCUAAAGAGAAACGAAUAAAAAAAUAUAUCGAGACUGAAA